AAAACAAAUAAAUAAAUACAUGAAAAGAAAGAAAAGAGGAAGUAUUAUAAGGAUAUGAAUCCUAAAUAAUCAUGAAUCAGAAAUAACUAAACGUACUUUAGAACUGCAGAACUACUAAUACAAUUACAUGUAGGGAAUUCUUUUCGUAUCAUUAUUAUAGAUUUAUGUAUAAGUCUACCUCAAAGCGAGCACUAGGCAGCAGCAGCAGCAGUCAUAUGAUGUUUCUGUGUGACAGUGAACGCCUCUCUGAGCGGGGCUGAUCAUGUCUGGGCGGGUGGAGGCUGGACAGUCCGAUCGGACAGAGGAGGAGGAGGACAAGUCAGCGCUCACACAAUACGGGGUUGGGAUGGAGUCUCACAGGCCGAGCGGUUCUCCAGACAUCAGGACACAGAGGGGCUACAUGCUGGAGCACAGUCACAGGGGCAGCCAGGACAACUCAUUUGGAGUGAGGAUUCAGGUUCAAGGGAUUAAAGGUCAACCCUAUGUGGUUCUGAACAGUUCAAGCCAGGACAGCAACAGGGACGUUUCUGUCAUCACUCACCAGGCAGGGUACAACCCGGGUAUGGCGCGAAGGUCCAUGGAUGACAGACAGCUAUCACCUGAGCCGCAGAAGAUGGUUAACUCCCCCGUGUUUAAUUAUCAGAAACGCCCAGAGAUCAUGAGAUCCUACAGCCCUGAAAAUAAUAAACUGAGCCCGGGGUUUCCUUCACAAACAGCCUCAAACAAACCGACUACCAACGUGACCAAACCCAGGAUCCCUCUGCCUGCUGAGGGCCCAGGAGAAGACCCUGCUGAGUUGACCCAGAACAAGGCGCCUCCAUCUGGUGGACAAAUUUCUCCUAGGUCCCCAAACUUAGUGGAGACCGACUCCAUCAUUUCUGUAGGGAAACUAAUAAGCCAAUUUAACAGCAACCAACGGAGGGGAAGAGGCCCGAGGAACAGGCUGAACCUCGAGGAGUGUCGUCGGUCACGCAGCGUGGACAGCAGUCGAACCUCUGAAUCCUCCUCGCCCUCCCCUUCAGCUAGCAGGAACUCGUCUCUGAAGGGCGGGAUGUACCCUCCUGGAUCGGCCAGGGCUCGACUCCUCAGUGGAGAAGUCAACUUAAAGCCACCAAGCAACAAAGAUACGACCGCCAAAGGGCUUCACAGAGCAGAGAAAGCAUCAAGCGGUGACCGGGCUGAUGAAUCUGAUGAAAGAGAUGCACAGGUCACUCCCGAUCUUCUGAAAGGACAGCAAGAGCUCUCAGUAGAUCCAGCCGAAGACACGACGAAACAAAUGCUGUUCACUUACCUGAAGGCUGGAACGACUGAUGACGACUCCACCACCCAUAGAAAGGUCCACCUGCUCUUUCGGAGGAUCAACAAGCUCAAAUGGAGAACUGCUGCCAAUGUGGAGCAGGAGGAGAAAGACUACGAAGAGGCGAUAAAGCUCCUGCGGGAGAAACAGGCAGAGCUGGAGAAAGAAGUGUCGGAACUGAGGCAAAGACUAGACGCUGAGAUGAAGAAUGAAAUGACUUUAGCCAAAGCCUGUGAGAAGGCGAGGACAGAGAAGAAGAAACUUCAGGAAGAGCUGAUAAAAAGCCAAGCUGAGCUCAGCCAACUCAGGGACAAGCUGGGAGAAGUUGAGGCAGAACUUCAGUUUACCAAAGAGGAGGUGGUUCAAAUGAAGGCUGAGAAAGAGAGAGCUAAAGCAGAGAUGCAGGACCUUCAGCAGCAGCUCUCAGAGAUGCACGACGAGCUGGACCGAGCAAAGAAAGCAGAGGUGAUAAAUGAAGAGAAAGAAGUCCUUCUGCAGGAUUUAUCCCAGCUGCAUGCAGAGUUUCAAGAGAUGCUACAGGUGAAGGAAGAGCAGGAGGACUUGCUGCAUCGCAGAGAGAGGGAGCUCAGUGCCCUGAAGGGAGCACUUAAAGAGGAGGUGGAGACUCAGGAUAUAUACACCUCUGCUCUGAAGGAGGAGCACGAACAGGAGCUUCAGAAGCUGCUCGGGCACUUGGAGCUGGUUAAAGAGAGCAAUGCUCUGCUCUGCCAGAAGAAGCUCGAGGCGGAGGAGGAGAGCGGUGCAGCUAAGGUGCAACUGAAGGAGCUGAGCCAGGAGAGAGAUCAGCUGAGAGGGAAGGUGCAAGAGCUUAACAACAAGUUGGAGCAGCUGAAUCAGGUGAUCCAGGAGUACAAAACCACAGAAAGACAGUUGGAGCAGAGAUCAAAGCAGCUUGAGAGGGAAAAGCAACAGGUUGAGGAAAUGCUGGACGAUGUGAGGAGGAAUGAAGAAGAGAUGUGUCAGUCUAACAAGUCGCUGCUCACUCGCUUGGAAGACGUGCAGGGUAAACUAGCCAAAUUGAACCAUGAGCACAGAGACCUGAAAGAGAAGCUCAGGGAGGAGAAGAAGCAAGUGGAGGAGCUGUGGAAGACAAAAACUGAGCUGGAAGAUGAGAGAAGGCUGCAGGACAGGGCCAUGGAGCAACUGCAGAGGAAGAUGAAUGGCAUCAUAGAGGAGUGUGAGGCGUCCACAGAUGUGCUUCAGAACCAGGUCGAUGAGGCCAAAGAAAAGAGUCAGAGGGACUUGGCCGAGCUGCGGAGACAGCUGCAGGAAAAGGGAGCAGAGCUGGAGAAAUCCAGACAGGCAGCCAAAAAACUGCAGGAAGAGCUGUUUCCUCUGGAGGAGGAUCUGCGGAGGUGUCGCAGGGAGCAGCAGGAGGCCCAGCUGAGGGGCCGGCAGCUGGAGCAGAAGGUGGAGGAGCUGGAGGAGAGGAAUGUUGCCGCGAUGGACGAGCGAGAGCGCCAGGUCAAACUCAUGGAGGAGCGCAUCAGCCACCUGGAAGAAGACCUUUGUGAUGAGCGCGGCAGUGCUGACCGCUUGAUGGAGCGAUUAGACAAAACCAAGGAGCAGAUGGAUCAGAUGCGGAAUGAACUGAUGCAGGAGAGAUCUGCCAGGCAGGAUCUGGAGUGCGAUAAGAUAAGCCUGGAGAGGCAGAAUAAGGACCUUAAAAGCAGAGUGGCUCAUCUGGAAGGUUCACAGAAGAGCAACCAGGACUCACUCGUCUCCAAGCUCAACAUCCGCAUCCAGGAGCUGGAGGAGAGGUUGCAAGGAGAAGAGAAGGACAACAACAACUUACAACAAGUGAACCGCAGGCUGGAGCGCAAGCUGAAGGAGAUGAAAAUGCAGGGAGAUGAGGAGCGCCUCAACCUGCAGAGCCAGACGGACCAGCUGACUCAGAGGCUAAAGACGGCAAAGAGGCAGAUGGACGAGGCGGAGGAGGAGAUCGAGCGUCUGGAACACGCUAAAAAGAAGUUGCAGAGAGAGCUGGAUGAGCAGAUGGAGGCCAACGAGCAGCUUCACAGCCAGCUGAGUGCAGUGCGGAAUGAGAUGAGGCGGAAGAAGAAGGCCACUCCCCUCACUAAGGUCGCAGAGGACGAUGUGAAUGACUUGGACGACCUGGGAUCUGACUGACCCGUGCUUAAAAAGAAUUCAAUCUGGAAUUUAAUGUCACUGUGAACAUUUCACAAUUGAGUAAAAUGUCAUUAACAACUCAGGUGUGACUUCCACCUUGAGCUGCAUGGCACCUUGCCAAUGCUGACCUCUUGUGGCGAUAUUUAUGACUGCAUUAUCAGACCAACUUGAUUAUUCUUAAUCUCUAAUUUAUUCUGUUGGUGUAUUAAUGAAUAUGACGUGGCGCGAAAGUUCUUAAGAUAAUAACUAAAUGCACUAAAAUGCUUUUUUCAACAUUCACCAGUGUAUAUACGCCUCCAGACACUGAAAUAAAUACAGCUGUGUGACA